CUGUAAACAGAGGCGUUUGUUUCCGGACGGAAGCUGUUUCUGCUGGACCGCUGGCGCGAAAACACACACGAAUGUCAACAAAAACCCGCAGAAAACUUCUCAGAGUAUUUAAAUAACACAUUUACUGCCGCAAAAUGAAGUUUCGAGCCAAAAUCAUCGAUGUCGGAUGUUUGAAUCACUUCACACGUGUGGUGAACACCGUGUCCAGGCUGACGAAGGCGUGUGUUCUGCGGCUCACCUGUGAUCACCUGUACUUCGUUCUGUCGGGCCGCGUGGCCACCGGAGGGGUCAGUAUGUGGUGUGAACUCUCACAGGGGAAUUUCUUCGAUGAGUUCCAGCUGGAGGGAGUGUCUGCCGACGCCAACGAGAUCUUUCUGGAAGUGGCUCCGGAGAAUCUUUCCAGGGCCUUAAAAACAGCCCAGAACGCCAAAUCUGUCAAAAUCAAGCUGACCAAGAAGUCCUGCCCGUGUCUGACGCUCGCCGCCGAGCUGCCGUCUCUGUCCAGCGUCAGUCGUGUGGUCACUCAUGAUAUCCCGGUGGACGUGAUUCCCCGACGACUCUGGCAUGAUUUCAGAGAGCCGCAGAUGCCAGACUUUGAUGUCAGCAUAUAUUUACCUCCUCUGAAGACCAUGAAGAGCGUUGUGGACCGCAUGAAGAACCUCUCCAACUAUCUGGUGCUGGAGGCUAAUCUGAACGGUGAGAUGAAUCUCAAGAUCGACACAGACCUGGUUUCUGUCACAACACACUUUAAGGAGCUGGGAAACCCUCCGUGGGGUGACGACGGCUCUCAGAGCUCCAGUCCGACUCACAGAGAUCCAGAUCUCAUGGCAGAAGCACGAGUGGACAUCAGGAAACUCCAGCAGUUCCUGACCGGACAACAGGUCAAUCCCAGCAGAGCCAUGUGCAACAUUGUUCACAGAAGGAUUCUUCACCUGAUCUUUCUGCACGAGGACGUGUCUCUUCAGUACUUUAUUCCAGCUGUGGUGUGACAUCAAACACAUUCUCCAUCUAAACUAAAUCAGGCUUUCGGUCCAUACACAGAAUAUCUAAACAAUAUGAAAAGUAUUUCAAAUGGUCAGUUGUUGGACUCUUAUUACUAAAAAAAACUUUGUGGUUGCUGUUUCUUAUGUAAAUGUGUGUGUGUGUGUAUAUAUAUGAAUAAAAUAUUUGUUUGAUACUA